GUAGCGGGGCGUUAACGUUCAGUUGCCCGUGGACUGCCGAGCAACACGCAGUUCUAGUGUAGUUUUGUCUAGACUCGCCUUUCCAUUUCCCCUUUAGGAAAACUAAAUUUCAGAAUGCUGCGUGCUUUGAAGACCGGUGCCUUGCUGCGGGGGCAGAGCAAGAACUUUGUCGCAGCUGUGGCGCACUACUCCUCCAUCCCCGAGCCAGAGACCAAGCCCGAAAUUCUCUACACUGGGGUGUUCAUUAACAACGAGUGGCACAAGAGCAAAUCAGGCAAAACCUUUGAGACCAUUAACCCUACCACAGAGGAAAGCAUUGCAGAAAUCCAGUGCGGUGAAAAGGAGGAUAUUGAGCUUGCCGUUAAGGCUGCCCGUGAUGCGUUCAAGCUGGGCUCUCCCUGGCGUCGGAUGGAUGCCUCGGACCGAGGUCGCCUAAUCACUCGUCUAGCUGAUCUCUUGGAGCGCGAUCGGGUUUACUUGGCUAGCUUGGAGACCCUUGACAAUGGCAAGCCAUACUUUAUGUCCUACAACGCCGAUGUUCCGCUUUCGUACAAGAACCUGCGCUACUUUGGCGGCUGGGCGGACAAGAUCCACGGCCAGACUAUUCCGGCGGACGGCGACUUUUUCACUUACACGCGCCACGAGCCCGUAGGUGUUUGCGGUCAGAUCAUACCCUGGAACUUCCCCAUCCUAAUGAUGGCCUGGAAACUGGGUCCCGCUCUGGCCACGGGCAACACCAUUGUUCUCAAGCCAGCGGAGCAGACCAGCUUGACUGCUCUUUACUUUGCCCAGCUGGUCAAGGAAGCUGGCUUCCCGGAGGGUGUGGUCAAUGUAGUGCCUGGAUUUGGAAAGACAGGUGCUGUCCUGGCCAACCACUGCGACGUGGACAAGGUGGCUUUCACCGGAUCCACCGAUGUGGGAAAGCUCAUCCAGCUGGCCUCGGGCAACACCAACUUGAAGCGUGUAACCCUGGAGCUGGGAGGCAAGUCGCCCAACAUUAUCCUGGCUGACUCCGACCUGGACUACGCCGUGGAGACAGCUCAUUUUGGUCUCUUCUUCAACAUGGGCCAGUGCUGCUGCGCUGGAUCUCGCACCUACGUGGAGGACAAGAUCUACGACGAGUUCGUGGAGCGCAGUGCUGAGCGUGCCAAGAAGCGCACCGUGGGCAACCCCUUCGACCUGAAAACUGAGCAGGGUCCUCAGGUCAACGAGGAGCAGAUGGAUAAGAUCCUGUGCAUGAUCAACAAGGGCAAGGAUGAAGGUGCUAAACUGGUGGCCGGCGGAAACCGGCCCGAGGGUCUGCCCGGCUACUUCGUCGAGCCAACCGUUUUUGCCGAUGUCAAGGAUGACAUGACCAUUGCCCGCGAGGAGAUCUUCGGUCCUGUGCAGCAAAUCAUCCGCUUCAGUAAACUUGACGAGGUCAUCGAGCGCGCCAACAACUCUGACUACGGACUGGCCGCUGGCGUCUUCACCAAGGAUCUGGACAAGGCCAACUACCUUGUGAAUGGCCUGCGUGCUGGUACUGUGUGGGUUAACACCUACAACGUACUCGGGGCCCAGGCUCCGUUCGGUGGCUACAAGAUGUCCGGACACGGACGUGAGAACGGCGAGUAUGCGCUCUCCAACUACACGGAGGUCAAGAGCGUCGUCGUCAAGGUGCCCCAGAAGAACUCAUAAGCAGGAGCAGACAUUAUGCCCCCCGAGAGGGAACUGAAAGUUUUCUGCCUAUUUAGGUGAUCUAAAUUUCGCAGUGAACCCCUAAAUCUAUAGUCUACGAUCUAUUUUCGUCUCUAUGAAGACUUGCAUAGAGGCGAUCUUUAGAUACCUUUAAGGUGAAUUUUUUAUUCUUUCCAUUGUUUAAAUAAGUUGUAUUGUAUAUCUGUAAUUUGAAAUAAAGGCUUUGAAGCUUCUAUAGUUUUAAAAUAAAA